CACCCUCUUGUUAAAAACAAUUAAUCACCAAACAUCAUCAAUCAUUCAAAAUCUCAAACCCCCAAUUCAACCCUCUUCAAUCUUUACCUCUACUGGUCAACACUCUACACCCUCCCUGCUAUUAAAGAUUCAAACUUUACAAUAAAUUCACGCGUAUAAACCCAUAAAUCCAUCUGGGUCACCAUAAUUUCGCUUCAAAAAUAUCUUCUUGAAAUCUUGGCAACAAAUUCGAUGGAUUACUCUGAGAAACCGAUCGAACAAAGGGCUUUUGAUUCAUUGGGAUUAGGGUUUGAUUUUGCUAGUGAUUUUAGAUUAAAGUUUGCAAAAUCUUGCCCUGAUGGUGGGAGAUUGGUGGAGCUUGAUGAAUCAAGAAAAAGGGAUAUUGUUUUGCCUGGAUGUGGUGGUGUCACUGUUUCUGGAGUUUCUGUUGAUAUUCAUUGUGAUAAAGGGGAACAUGUUAGGUUUAAAUCUGAUGUUUUGGAGUUUAAUCAGAUGUCAGAGUUACUUAAUCAAAACGCAUCAGUACAAGGAAAAGUGCCUUCAGGGUACUUCAAUGCAUUCUUUGAUCUAACAGGCGCAUGGUUAAACGAUGCCGCGGAAGUUAAACAUCUUGCGUUCGAUGCCUAUUAUAUCUCUCUAUACUCUUUGCACCUUACAGCUUCUCCGUUAGUACUCCGAGAAAGUGUAAAGAAGGCGGUCCCCACCCAUUGGAAUCCAGCGUUGUUAGCCAGGUUUAUUCAGACUUACGGGACCCACAUUAUAGUAGGGAUGGGUGUCGGAGGUCAAGAUGUUAUUUGCGUUAAACAGAAACCGUCAUCGACAAUUUCACCUACCGAGCUUAGAGGAUAUUUGGAGGAUCUUGGAGACUGUUUAUUUUCAGACGGAGCCAGUCCUUCUCUACCGGAACGGAAAACGAAAGAUGGAAAAAGAAAAGUUCCGGAAGUUUUCAGCCGUAUGUUGCAGCCACACACCAUGCAGUUCACCAACAUCACAGAAACUUCAAGCAAAGAUGGAUUGACAAUUAUCGGGUCUAAAAGGGGCGGGGAUGUCUUUUCAGACAAUCACUCCAAAUGGCUACAGACAGUGGGCUCUAGUCCCGAAGCAAUACGUUUCAAGUUUGUACCGAUCACUUCUCUCCUUAACGGGGUUCCUGGGAGUGGUUAUCUUAGCCAUGCAAUCAAUCUAUAUUUACGAUACAAGCCGCCUUCUGAAGAUUUGCAAUAUUUCUUGGAAUUUCAAGUUCCGAGACAAUGGGCCCCACUAUUUUGCGAGCUUCCUCUUCAACAUCUACAACGAAAGACUUCAUAUCCUUGGCUCCAGUUUGGUUUCAUGGGCCCCAAAAUGUACCUUAGUACUACUCAGGUCUCAAGCAGCAAAAAGCCGAUCAUCGGGCUACGCCUAUUUUUAGAGGGGAAAAAGAACAACCGAUUGGCAAUCCAUGUGCAACAUCUCUCGAGCCUUCCUAAUAUCAUGACACAAACAUCGCUGCCAACAAGACCAUGCCAGUGGCGGGGCUCAGACGAAUACGAGUCAACCGCUCAGUUUCUAGAACCAAUCAGAUGGAAACGUUAUUCAAACAUAUGUUCGUCGGUAGUCAAACACGAUCCAAACUGGCUAUCAUCACAAGACUCCGGGGGAGUCUUUGUUGUAACCGGGGCUCAGCUCGUAAGCAAAGGAAAAUGGCCAAAAACCGUACUUCACCUUCGACUACUUUACACCCAUCUCCCUCACUGCACCAUCAGGAAAACCGAAUGGGCCGGUGCACCGUCAGUGGGCCAGAAGUCCAGUAUCUUCACGAACCUGAGCUCGACCUUUUCUUUCACUCAAAGGUCGGUAGCGGAUGCACCGAAGCAGCUUCCUGCAACACUGAACUCGGGGGUCUAUCCUGAAGGACCGCCGGUCCCAAUCCGGUCCACUAAAAUGAGGAAGUUUGUGGACGUUGAAGAGGUGGUUCGCGGCUCACAUGAUAUGCCGGGCCAUUGGCUGGUAACCGCGGCUAAGUUGGUGAUGGAUGGUGGUAAGAUUGGUCUGCAUGUUAAGUUUGCAUUAUUGGAUUUUCCUCAGGAAGUGUGAUGAUUGUAUAUAUAGUUUGGCUGUGAGGUUUUCAUUUAUUUUUUUAUAGGGUAUUGUACAUAAAGAAAUUCAAAUAUUGAAUAUAGGAGGUUGUUUUGAUUUGCUUAUGUAAUUAUAUACUAAAUAUUGAUGAUUAGUUAGUGUGGAUGAUAUGUUAAUGGCAUUGGUGAAUUCCCGUCAA